CCGCUCCCUCCAGGGAUACUUCAGCACAGUUCGAAUCGGCGUGGUUUCAAACGGUACACACGUGUAGCAUAAAAGCGUUCGUUCGUGUGAUUUGUGGUAAAUUAAAAGGUGGAAAUCAUAAUCUCAGUGAAAAUCAAUCAUCAUGUUCAAUCGGAACUGGCUGCUGGCGGCCCUGGUGGGCAUGGUGCUGAUCUGUGAAUCUACCGCACUCUUAUGCCUCAAGUGCGAAGACACCGGCACGGAUACAGCCUGUUCGCUAGGAACUGGAACACCAACAGCCUGCACUAACCCACAGGAGACCUCGUGCUACCUGCGUAACAAUGAUGGCAAAAUUGAACGUGGCUGUCUGACUGAUCUCAUCCCGGCUGACCAAGGGGAAUGCAAAACGACUGGAGCGAAAUGCGUUUCCUGCACCGGUGACAGUUGCAACAAUGACCCCUGGCUCAAGUGUCAUGAGUGCGAUGGUGAAACCGCUGAGUGCACAGGGGCUCAGGCAGCUGCUACUGGGGCCGCUUUGUGCCCCUUCUUUGCCAAGGCAGACCAAUGCUACGCCAAAGCUGAUGGAAACAAAGUAACGCGUGGAUGCAAAUCGAGCCUGCCGGCAGGCGACGACGGCUGCACCGAUAACGAGUUCUGCGAUUACUGCAAUGGGAAUGCCUGCAACAGUAUGUCAGGUGAAUCGCUGAAAGUCUACACCAAGUGUCUCAUGUGCAAGUCUCAGGAUGGAGCCAAAUGUGAAGACGGCACGGCAGCUGCUGCCUUGUGCCCAAAUCGAGAGGAUACCUGCUAUUCACGUGUCCAGGACAAAGUCCUGGAACGUGGAUGUCUGUCCCAGUUGCCCGAAGCUGACCAGGCUAAGUGCAAAAAUAAUGUAGAUUCCACCUGCGUUACCUGUUCGGGUGAGGAAGGAUGCAAUAAGCAGGAGUGGCGUAAAUGUCAUCAGUGUAAGGAAGCGGAUAAACCUACCUGUGCCGAAGAGCAAACUGUUGACGAGGCUGAGUUCUGCAAGACUCAUCGGGAAACCUACAAUAAGUGCUACGAACGUUUGGACAAUGACAAAAUGGUUCGAGGAUGUGAAAAUGAUUUGACGACGAUUGUAAAUGCGUGCACGGAAAAUAGGUAUUGUCGUACGUGCGAUACAAAUGGAUGCAAUCGUGAAAAAGCAUCCACCCUCAAAACCGAAGAUCGAUGCCUUCAGUGCACAACUAGCAAGGACGUGGACUCGACCUGCCUUCUGGGAACUGCCAGCAGCACACCAUGUGUCAAAGCUUCGGAGAAGAAAUGCUACUCGAAGACGGACAAAGAUGGUGUUCUCACGCGAGGUUGUUUCGGAGAUUUGCCAGCAAAUGAAGCUUGCACCGACAAGACUUGCGCGACUUGCGUCAAUGAAGGCUGCAACGGCAAGGUUUUCCCAACGGAUCGCCUUCGGUGCUAUCAGUGCACGACAACCGAUUCGGACAAGACCUGCUCCAACCAGUUGACCGGCGAAGCAAAGUCCAGCUACUGCACGCUCUACAAGGACGGGGACAAGUGCUAUUCUAGAAUUUCCGAAGGAGUUUUCCAACGUGGAUGUCAGUCCAACUUAAAGGCGGCGGACCCUUGCGAUGGUCUUACGGCAAAGCAGUGCCUGACCUGUGCCGGCGAGAACUGCAACGGCAUUUCGGAAGAAAGACUGAAGAACUCUGCCGGACAGAAGGCUAUCAGUUCGAUUCUGGUGGCGGUUGUUGUGGCUUUUGUAGUGCUUAAGUAAUUUAUGAAGCGUCCUUUGCUCGGAAGCUCCAAGCUGACUUGUGAUGUAAAUAAUGUGUUAACUUAAUUGGGUCACUAAAUAAACCACGAAAUCCUGGUUUUAUUCGAAAAAAAA